AUGAAUAAAGAUCCCAUCAUAGAUCCUGAUAAUCUAAAUACAAAGAUCAAUAUAUCUUCUAGGGCUGAAAUGUUGAAAAAUCUGGAAUCUGCAAAUUUAACAUUUCAAAUUAAUGGAGAAGAUCAUACUUUAGGGAAUAUAAUGAGACAUUUAGCAAUGCUAAACCCUUCAACAACUUUUGCAGGAUAUGCAAUUCCUCAUCCCUCUAUAUCCUCAAUGAAUUUAAGAAUUGAAACUGUAUCUAAUGUUGACUAUGGUAAAGAGGAUCAAAUAUUUAAGUUAGAAGACAAGUUUGAUGAUACUAAGAAGACGAAACAGGACAUUAUAAUACACAGUAAUAACUCAAUUAAUAAUUUAGGUGGUCGUCCAAAUGCUCUGGGAGUUCUUAGAAAAGCAUGUAAAGAUUUAUUAGAUAUAUGUGAUACUAUUGAGAUGAGAUUUGAUGAAGCUAUACAUAACUUUUCGCAUGAAAUGAGGGAUUAA